CGGUACUGCUCGGCGGACUCCGGAUGACUUUUCUCGCAACAGUGCGGAAGGACCGCAGCUGUAACUGACGCAGGUCGGGGCACGCUGUGAGGACAGAGGUAACCGAGCCGUCUCCGCUACUUGUACCUGUAUGUGUGGCAUGUGACGGAGGGCGUGUAGUUACGCGAACGAACAGGAAAGCAGGUCGUCUGGAAAGACCUGUAGAAGGUAUACGCGGAGCUCUCCGGUGGCUCCCGCUGCGACGGAGAUGGAGCGGCUGUGCGGACCAAAGCUUCCCUUCUGGGUAGCCAAUCAGACAUUCAGUUCAAGUCGGCCGGACCUCACGGAGUGUUUCCAGCUGUCUGUCCUGUCAUGGGUGCAGUGCAUCUACCUGUGGGCCGUCAGCCCCAUCUACAUCUUCUGUCUCAAGAAGAACAACAAAGGUUACAUCAUGAUGUCAGUUUUGAACAGGUUCAAGACGGUGUUCGGCUUUCUGCUGUGGAUUGUGUGCUGGACAGAUCUUUUCUACACAUUACACGAGGGUAACCGGCCGCCCAUCUACUACGUCACCCCACUCGUGCUCGGCAUGACCAUGCUGUUGGCCACGUUUCUGAUCCAGUUUGAGAGGUUACGCGGGGUCCAGUCCUCAGGGGUCCUCUUCAUCUUCUGGUUGCUGUGUUUGCUGUGUGCCAUCGUGCCUUUCCGCUCCAAGAUCCUACAAGCCUCCAGCCAGAGCGAAGCCAACGAUAAGCUGCGAUUCACCACGUUCUACUUAUACUUCGCCCUGGUGGUCUGUGAGUUCAUCCUCUGCUGCUUCAAUGAGAAACCCCCUCUCUUCUCCAGCGCCGUCACCGACCCUAAUUCCUGCCCUGAAGCUACCGCGGGUUUUCUCUCUAGGAUCACAUUUUGGUGGUUCACAAGUUUGGCCAUGAAAGGCUACAAAAUGCCGCUGGAGGCCAAAGACCUGUGGUCCCUGAACACGCGUGACAGCUCCAAAGUCAUGGUGCCCAGGCUCCUCAGAGAGUGGGAGAAGGAGCAGGCCAAGGCAAAGAGUGAAGAGAGUCUGCCCAGUCAGGCUAUGUACUCCAAGCCUCCGCCAUCGACCACCAACCACGUCUCAGGAGGAGGAGGAGGAGGAGGAGGUGAAAGCAGCCCAGAAGAAGUAGAGGUGCUGCUGUCCAGUCAGAAAGUUACCCACCAGCCAUCCUUCCUUCGCGCCCUCAUCAAGACCUUUGGACCCUACUUUCUGAUUGGCUCAGGCUACAAGCUCCUGCAGGAUGCCAUCACCUUUGUCAACCCUCAGCUCCUCAAGCUGCUCAUCUGGUUCAUUAAAGCGAAAGAUGUUCCUAAUUGGUGGGGGUACACACUGGCCUGCCUCAUGUUCUUCACGGCCCUGCUGCAGACCCUCAUACUCCAUCAUCACUUUCAGUACUGUUUUGUCACGGGCAUGAAUGUGCGCACUGCUGUCAUAGGAGCUAUCUACAGGAAGUCACUUGUGAUAACGAACGCCGCCAAACGUUCAUCUACUGUGGGAGAGGUAGUCAACCUGAUGGCUGUGGAUGCGCAGAGGUUCAUGGACCUAACCACCUUCCUCAACAUGCUGUGGUCCGCUCCUCUUCAGAUUAUGCUGGCGCUGUAUUUCCUCUGGCAGAUCCUCGGCCCGUCUGUGCUGGCCGGGGUGGCCGUUAUGGUCAUGCUGAUCCCGUUUAACGCUUUCAUUGCCAUGAAGACCCGAGCCUAUCAGGUGGAGCAGAUGCAGCACAAAGAUGCUCGUAUCAAGCUGAUGAACGAGAUCCUGAACGGCAUCAAAGUCCUCAAGCUGUACGCGUGGGAGAACUCCUUCAAGGACAAAGUCCUGGCCAUUCGGCAGAAGGAGCUCAACGUGCUCCGCAAGACCGCCUACCUGGGAGCGCUGUCCACCAUGGCCUGGACCAGCGCACCUUUCCUGGUUGCCUUGACAACAUUUGCCGUGUAUGUGACUGUGGAUGAGAACAACAUCCUGGACGCGGAUACGGCCUUCGUGUCAAUCUCACUUUACAUCCUUAGGUUUCCCCUCAACAUGCUUCAAGUCAUCAGCAGCAUGGUACAGGCGAGCGUCUCAUUGAAGCGAGUCCACUUCCUGAGUCACGAUGAGCUGGAUCCUGACUCAGUGAACAGAAGAACUCGGGCACAGUUUGCGGUCGCGGUUGUCAAUGGGAAAUUUACGUGGGGGAAAGAGGAUCCUCCUGUGCUACACAAUAUUAACGUGAUGGUGCCCCAGGGCUCCCUGCUGGCUGUGGUGGGCCACGUUGGCUGUGGGAAGUCCUCCCUGAUCUCUGCAUUGCUCGGUGACAUGGAAAAACUGGAGGGAGAGGUUUCUGUUCGGGGGUCAGUGGCUUACGUGCCUCAGCAGGCCUGGAUACAGAAUGCCACCCUGCGGGACAACAUCCUGUUUGGGAAUCCCUACAAUGAGCAGAAAUACCGAUCUGUUCUGGAUGCGUGCGCCUUAACCCCGGACCUGCAGGUGCUGCCUGGAGGAGACAUGACUGAGAUCGGAGAGAAGGGCAUCAACCUGUCUGGUGGUCAGAGACAGAGAGUGAGCCUGGCUCGAGCUCUGUACAAUGAUGCUGAUGUCUACCUGCUGGACGACCCGCUGUCCGCCGUGGAUGCCCACGUCCAACACAUCUUUGAUAACCUCAUCGGCCCAGAUGGGGCACUGAAGGGCAAGACACGCAUCCUGGUCACACAUGGCAUCAGCUUCCUGCCUCAGGUGGAUAAUAUAAUGGUGAUGGUGGAUGGCCGGGUGUCAGAGAUGGGCUCCUAUCAGGAUCUGCUCAAACAGAACGGAGCAUUCGCGGAGUUUCUCAGAAACUACGCCCUGGAGGAUAUUACAGAGGAGGAUGAGGCCAAUGAUGAGCUAAUUGAAGAUGAAGAAUUGUUCCCCGAUGACGCCCUCAGCAACCACACAGACAUGGUGGACAGUGAACCGAUGAUCAACGAAGCUAAGAGAAGUUUUAUGAGGCAGAUGAGCAUUAUGUCAGGAGACGGAGAGAAUUCCAGGUCCCGAUCCGUACGGAGACAUGGCUGCAGCCAGCGGAGACAUUCAGAGUCGCAAGAGAAGAAGAAACCGCGUGAGAUGGAGAGAAACUUCAUCCAGGCAGAAACGGCAGAAACAGGCCGGGUAAAAGGAAAGGUGUACCUGGAGUACGUCAGGGCAGUUGGACCGGUGCUGUCAGUGGUCAUCUGCUUCCUGUACGGCUGUCAGAGCGCCGCCGCCAUCGGAACAAACAUGCUCAGCGAGUGGACAAACGACGCCGUGACUAAUAGCACCCGAAAAAAAGUUCCGAUGAGGGUGGGGGUGUACGCAGCACUGGGGUUUGCACAAGGUAUCCUGGUCAUGAUUGCUUCCUUCACAUUAGCCAUGGGGAACAUCGGUGCAGCCAAGAAGCUGCACGCUAACCUGCUCACCAACAAAUUCCACACACCCCAGUCUUUCUUUGACACCACACCUAUAGGACGCAUCAUCAACCGCUUCUCCAAGGACAUCUACGUCAUAGACGAAGCUCUGCCGUCCACAGUGCUCAUGUUCCUGGGCACCUUCUUCGUUUCUCUCUCCACUAUAAUAGUUAUUGUUUCCAGCACGCCCAUUUUUGCCGUUGUCAUAAUACCCCUGGCUGUCAUAUACGUCUUUGUCCAGAGAUUUUACGUUGCCACGUCUCGGCAGCUAAAGCGUCUGGAGUCGGUCAGCCGCUCUCCCAUAUACUCCCAUUUCUCUGAGACCGUCACUGGCUGUAGUGUAAUCCGAGCAUAUGGCAGGCACUCUGCCUUUGUUCUGAUGAGUGAUACAAAAGUGGAUGAGAACCAAAAGAGUUACUACCCUGGUAUAGUAUCCAACAGGUGGCUCGGAGUGCGAAUUGAGUUCAUUGGAAACUGCAUCGUGUUGUUUGCGGCUCUGUUUGCGGUGACGGGAAAGGACAGUCUGAGCCCUGGCCUUGUGGGUCUGUCGUUGUCCUACGCUCUGCAGGUGACCAUGUCUCUGAACUGGAUGGUGCGGAUGACUUCAGAGCUGGAGAACAACAUAGUAGCAGUGGAGAGAGUGAAGGAAUACUCUGAGACCAAGACAGAGGCCCCCUGGGAGGUGGAGGACAAGAAGCCCCCAACUGAGUGGCCCAUGCUGGGGAACGUGGAGUUCCACGACUACAGCGUUCGGUACCGAGAGGGACUGGACCUCGUCCUGAAGAACAUCACGCUGAACGUCAAGGGAGGAGAGAAGAUUGGGAUUGUGGGUCGUACAGGAGCUGGCAAGUCCUCUAUGACACUCUGCCUCUUCAGAUUGCUGGAAGCUGCAGCAGGAGAGAUCACCAUCGACGAGGUGAAGAUAUCUGAGUUAGGCCUGCACGACCUGCGGUCUAAACUCACCAUCAUUCCUCAGGAGCCUGUGCUCUUCUCUGGGACACUGAGGAUGAAUCUGGACCCUUUUGAGAGGUACAGCGAUGAAGAGGUGUGGAAAGCCCUGGAACUGUCUCACCUCCACAAGUUUGUCAGAAACCAGACGGCAAAACUGGAGCUGGAGUGUUCAGAGGGAGGAGAGAACCUCAGCGUGGGCCAGAGGCAGCUAGUGUGUUUAGCUCGAGCCCUCUUGAGGAAGUCCCGGAUCCUCAUCCUGGAUGAAGCUACUGCUGCUAUCGACCUGGAGACCGAUGACCUCAUCCAAUCCACCAUCAGGACUCAGUUUGAAGACUGCACUGUCUUCACCAUUGCACACAGACUCAACACAAUAAUGGAUUACACAAGAGUUCUGGUGUUGGACAAAGGACGCAUAGCUGAGUUUGAUACUCCCACAAACCUGAUAUCUCAGAGAGGAAUCUUCUACGGCAUGGCUAAAGACGCAGGACUGGCACAGUAGAGCUGCCUUUGUGUCCCGACGUUGCAAAGCAGGGCUGGGAAUUCGGCUCGGUUUACUUCAGUCUGUUAAACCUGGCAGUGGAACUGAAGAACACUCUGUGUGUGCACUUACUAUUUUCAAGAACCUUACUGAACUACAUUUGAAUGACGCCUGAGCUCCUCUGCAGACUUGGGUCAUUUAGCACUUGCUAGUAGUCGUAGCAUUUUUCACAAACACAUCAGGACAUAAACAGCAAAUGCCAUUUGAUCCAAGUCUGCUCUUUAGUGCCUUCUGCCAGUGGGAGAAAGAGAGCCAGUGAAUGUAUCAUUUUCUGAUUGGCUGUCUGCUGCAAAACAAAACAAAGGAGGAACUUUUAUAAUUUCAUAUAGAAGAAUAAUGUGCCACUGUACCUUUCUCAUAAGAAAAGAAAAAAAAAACAUUUUUGUGAUAAACUCACUUAUUUUUGUACUGUACCAUUAUUUAAGCUACUUUUUAAGAAUUGUCUUAUGUAGGGAAGUUUGCUCAGUUACAUGUGAUUCUUCUGUGAACCAAAUCUAUAAAAACUUGAAUUCUGUACCACCAAAAUAUGAAAAUGCCUUUAUAUAUAAAUAAAAAAA